AUGAAGUCUACAGUCGAGCUCAAGUCGGCCGAACAUGUAUUCUCCUCCCGCAAAGAGUCAGUGAAUGUCCGAACCUCUGCCACCACGUUCCUUACGUGCGAUAUCCAACAGUCGACAACACCAGUCGAUUGUCCAUGCCAUGACGAGAUCUGGAUUCCCAGAGCCCAAGGUUUCAACGUUCUGGUGCAUCUGGUCAUCGACUGUCGAUUUCACGUCUCUUUGUCAACUGCCUCGGCUGCCACUGAAGCAAUUUCCCAUUACGUUGAACGAGCUGAGCUUUGGUCGCAAUUAGGGUAUGAGGUGACCAGGACCGUUGCGACGGAUGCUGGGUGGACUCGAAGCCGUGGAAGGGUACAUUUGAUUGAAUAUGAGAUGCGACAGUGUAUCGGGUCCGCAGACGACGUGACUUUAGCAUGCCCAGAGGAUGUUCCAGUGUAUACCUUACAGUCUGUCCGACUAGACAUGGAAAUCAUCUGCUCGGACUCUCUCACCACAAACAAAAGAGCGGCGGCUCAUCCAUCGCCAAAGGGCGCAGAUCCUUCUACUCAGGGUUCGUCCAAUAACAUCCACGAUGGAGGCGAGCCACCCGACAAUACGGAAGAAAAGAUUCGCACACAUGAGUCAAGGUCGAACUAUAUGAUUUUGGGAGAAGACACACUCGUAGGGCUGACUGAUGCCUGCUUCCGAGGCUGCAUCGCUACGAAACCGACACGACUCGGCCGUGGCAUCCACAUACAAGGUAAUUGGUGCGGUCCUUCACUGUGUGACAUUGCUCCAAAUGUCUUCAACCCAGGGUACGCCCAAAAGUUUGAGGCCAGAGUCUACCUUAUACCAGUCAUCGCUCAUUUUCUAUCACGCUCUCAUCUUCGAAGACGCUCAGCAACUGGGAAUGGGGUUCUAGCCCCAUCUUCGGUGAGCCCGCAUCAGGUAAUGACUUCAAGUUCGACAGGUCGAGGCAAUAUCAACUCGGUCUCCUAUGACAUGAUUCGUCGUCAUCUAUGGGUUACAUUGGCGAAUGCACUUCGAGAAUGUACUGCUGCACGGAAACUCUGCCCCCUUUGGAGCCUGCCUGCAAAAGAUGACAACAGAAGCGAGUGGGAGUUCUGCGAUCUUGCAAAAAGUGUUGAUCGUGAAUUCUAUGACUUGGCACUCAAUUAUGGUAUUUCCAGUCAGCAGACAGGGGUAGCCAAUGGCGUCAAUACUGGUCAAGACAGGGACAUGGACAUGUACAUCUCGGCGAUUGCGCCAGGAACAGAAGCACAAGGCUGUGCCAGAUCGAGGCCAAUGUCUGACUGUACCCCGAAACAAUCUUCCAACAGUCUGGAGCUUAUGGCAAGUGUCUUUCAUGACAGUGAUGACAAUGGCAUUGUCCAGGAGGGUGCUGGUGUGGCCUUUUCCACAACAGAAAUUUCGCCAUUGGGGCCAAGCGAAACCAGAUCCCGGGGCGAGGCAUAUCCAAAAGACCGUGAUGUGUCAAGGCUUAUAAUGCCCGACCAUGACAGAAACGACGGUAUAGGAAAGAGGAGUGCCAACACCAUGUUGGACUUGAUUGGUGGAACCACCUGGCUGACUCACGGCGCUACCCGUUUGCGUCCGCUGAUGCAUCUCAACCACGGCAUCCAGGCGUGCCAGGAGACCGUGGCAGAGGAUGGCUAUGAGGGGUCUGCAGCGCCUAUUAACAUGCCACAUGCCCUAAAUGCGGCCGUCGGAGACCAGUAUUAUGUCGAUGUCCCUAAGCAUCUUGAGGCCGAGCCUCAUUCUCAGCACAGUUGCAGCAGCUUUGAUCGACUCACAGACCCAGACAUCGAUGUAGCUAGCGGCAUCACAGACACUUCUGUGAUAUCGGCAAUACAAGACACGAUCUACGACGACGAUUCUGCGGAGGAAGACUAUACCUUGGACGAGUUACACACGAUGGCGACCUCACAGCAAGAGCGAGACCGAGAAUCCCGAGCGUCACUGGCUGAUCUAUUGGGCAAUGAACAUCUCCUAUGGAAGAUGUUUCAACGAAGAGGAAGUGUGGCGCCGCAGGGCGAAGAAGACAUGGACGACAUGAAAAGGUUAUACGAAUCAGACCCAGACAUGAAGCUAUUCGGACCUGGGUGGAAUUUAUCUCCAAGCGACGUCAGCUCGAGCAGCAAUGAAGACCCGAUGUUACAAGAUAUUGGCCCUCGACAGACCCCCAACGCACCAUCCAAACCCCCCACACCUUCCACAGAGCGACGAUCAUAUGUCGGCACCGUCCGACCUACAUCGUCGUCGUCGAUGGGCAAGCAAAGCACCGAUCCCAAGUAUCAGCGGCGAAGUAGUCUGAUCAAGAGGUUUCAAUGGGGUGGACGAAAGCCCACGACCGAACUAGGCGAUGUGGAGGAGAACAAGACACCCCGAGAACCUGAAAUCAAGCGGCGGAGGACGUUGGACGACUAUGAUACAAUGAGUCUGGAUGAUACGAGUGACGAGUCAAAUGAGAUGCUCUUUCGUUAA